AUGAAGACGACCUGGAAGGACAUUCCCCCCGUUCCCACUCAGCAGGAGUUCCUGGACAUCGUGCUGAGCAGGACCCAGCGCAAGCUGCCCACCCAGAUCCGCGCUGGCUUCCAGAUUAGCCGUAUUCGAGCCUUCUACACCCGUAAGGUCAAGUUCACCCAGGAGACCUUCUCGGAGAAGUUUGGCGCCAUCCUGGAGAGCUUUCCCCGAUUGCAGGAUAUCCAUCCUUUCCACAAGGAUCUGCUCAACACCCUCUACGAUGCCGACCAUUUCAGAAUCGCCCUCGGCCAGAUGUCGACGGCCAAGCACCUGAUCGAGACCAUCUCUAGAGAUUAUGUCCGCCUGCUCAAGUAUGGCCAGUCGCUGUACCAGUGCAAGCAGCUCAAGCGUGCCGCCCUCGGUCGCAUGGCUACCCUCAUCAAGCGCCUCAAGGACCCGUUGAUGUACCUCGACCAGGUCCGCCAGCAUUUGGGUCGUCUGCCCUCGAUUGACCCCAACACCCGAACUCUGGUCAUCUGCGGCUACCCCAACGUCGGAAAGUCCAGCUUCCUGCGCAGCGUCACCCGCGCCGACGUCGAUGUCCAGCCCUACGCCUUCACUACCAAGAGUCUGUUUGUCGGUCACUUCGACUACAAGUACCUGCGAUUCCAGGCCAUCGAUACUCCUGGUAUUCUCGACCACCCUCUUGAGGAGAUGAACACCAUUGAGAUGCAGAGUAUUACUGCCAUCGCUCACUUGAGAUCCGCCAUCAUGUACUUCAUGGAUCUUUCGGAGCAGUGCGGUUACACUGUCACCUCCCAAAUCCAGCUGUUCAAGAGCAUCAAGCCUCUUUUCUCAAACAAGCUCGUCUUCAUCGUCAUCAACAAGAUCGAUGUCACCCGAAUGGAGGAUCUCGAUGCCGAGCUCCAGGCCGAACUUCAGAGCCUCCUUAAGGCUGGUGAGGUUGAGCUUCUCCAACUCUCUUGCAAUACCCAGGAGGGUGUUCAGGAAGUCAAGAACGCUGCUUGCGAGCGCUUGAUUGCUGAGCGAGUCAACCAGAAGCUGAAGGCCGGAACCAACACCAGCGGUGCCAUUGGUGGCCGACUAGCCGACGUCAUGUCCCGAAUCCACGUCGCUCAGCCUAUGGGCGGCAAGACUCUGGAGACUUUCAUUCCCGAGGGCCUCAAGGACCGCAAGAAGUACGACAAAACGGACCCUGAGCGCAGAAGAACUGCCCGGGAUGUUCAGGAUGAGAACGGCGGUGCCGGUGUCUUCAACGUCGAUCUGCGUGACGACUACCUCCUUGCGAACCCCGAGUGGAAGUACGACAAGGUCCCCGAGAUCUUCGAGGGCAAGAACGUCUACGACUUCGUCGAUCCCGAUAUUGAGGCCAAGCUCCAGGCUCUUGAGGAGGAGGAGGAGAAGCUCGAGGCCGAGGGAUUCUACGACUCGGACGAGGAGAUUGAGGAUGAUGAGGAGGCCGAGGUCAUGCGCAAGGCCGAGAUCAUCCGCGAGAAGCAGCAGCUGAUCCGCAACGAGGCUCGCAUGAAGAAGAGACUCAAGAACCAGGCCAUCAUCCCUCGCAAGAGCAUGAAGAAGCCCCUCUCCGAGUUCGAGGAUGCCCUCGACUCCCUUGGUGUCGACACUACCGAGAUUACCGAGCGUGCCUUUGCCAAGUCCCGCCCACGUGGUCGCUCGCUGUCUCGCAGCCGCCUGGGAACGGAGGAUCCCGAUGCCAUGGAUGUCGAUGGCCGCAGCGGUACUCCUCGCGAUCGCCUCCGCUCCAAGAGCCGUGCUCGCUCGAUGAGCCGCCUCCCCGCCACCAACCGUCUCGAGGAUGGUGUCCAGGACGAGGGUACCCGUACCAAGGCCGAGCGCAUUGCCAAGCUCAACCAGAAGCGCAUGAACCGCAUGGCCCGACAGGGAGAGGGAGAUCGACACACCACCGCCUCACUCAUCAAGCAUCUGGUUUCAGGAAAGCGUGGCAUGGGCAAGACGUCCCGACGAUAG